CGGGGCUCCGGUGGCCGACAGCGUGGCAGCAAGCGGCCGGCUUCCUUUCUGACUAAGAAUGAAUGUUCUCCAGGGCAGUGAUGACGACUUGUUAUUGCAGCCAGAGCUCAGCUUCCUAGGAGAUGAGGCCUUAGCUGCCACUCAAGAGAAAGCCAGCAGCAGCUCGGGGUCCUCUGGUCUUCAUAGUCUCACUUGUCCCCUAGCUGCCAGGAGUGAAGACUAUGCCCCUCAGGCAGCAGCAAGCCUUCAGUAUCCUCACAUAAUGCCGCUUCCUGAAGACAGCAAGGGCUCGUGCUUCCAGAGUGGGAGCAAGCGGAGCCACGAGCCCUUCGUUGUUCCGGAGAGAUUUGGAAACGGCGGUGGCUUGGGUUUCGGAGGCAGCUCUCACUCUCAGCCCCCGGAGAAAGUGACACUUCUUGUGGACGGCACGCGCUUUGUGGUAAACCCUCAGAUUUUCACUGCUCAUCCGGAUACCAUGUUGGGAAGGAUGUUUGGGCCAGGAAGAGAAUACAACUUCACAAGGCCCAAUGAAAAAGGGGAGUACGAGAUCGCAGAGGGGAUCAGCGCCACUGUGUUCCGCACAGUUCUGGAUUAUUACAAAACUGGCAUCAUUAACUGCCCAGAUGGCAUCUCUAUCCCAGAUCUCAGAGACACGUGUGACUAUCUCUGCAUUAACUUUGACUUCAACACUAUCCGAUGUCAAGAUCUGAGUGCUUUACUGCAUGAGCUGUCCAACGAUGGUGCCCACAAGCAGUUUGACCACUACCUCGAGGAACUGAUUCUGCCCAUCAUGGUGGGCUGUGCCAAGAAAGGCGAGCGAGAGUGUCACAUUGUCGUGCUAACAGACGAGGACUCCGUGGACUGGGAUGAAGACCACCCCCCACCCAUGGGGGAAGAGUAUUCCCAAAUUCUUUACAGCUCCAAGCUCUACAGAUUCUUCAAGUAUAUCGAGAAUCGGGAUGUUGCUAAAACGGUGUUAAAGGAGCGAGGCCUGAAGAACAUCCGCAUUGGGAUUGAAGGCUACCCCACCUGUAAAGAGAAGGUUAAGCGGAGGCCCGGCGGGCGGUCUGAAGUUAUCUACAAUUACGUUCAGCGCCCCUUCAUCCAGAUGUCGUGGGAGAAGGAGGAGGGGAAGAGCCGCCAUGUGGAUUUCCAGUGUGUUCGCAGCAAAUCCCUCACGAAUUUGGUGGCUGCAGGAGAGGAUGUCUUGGAAGACCAGGAGAUAAUAAUGCAUCAUCCACCUCAAGUGGACGAACUUGACCGCUUAAACGCCCCACUCUCUCAGAUGGCUCCCAAUGACUUUCAAGAUUAGAGGCAAAGGCGUCUGCCAGGUUGCUGGAGCUCUUCUCUGGGAACCCCCAACGCCCCCAACCAGGCCUCCUUGCCCUCCCGUGGUUUCUCACCCUUAGGAGAUACUUCCUCCUGUCUCCUUCCUUUCUGAGUUGUUAAUGUGCCCUUUUCUGGGUCUGCCUCUGGCUGGGUGAAGAAGCUCUCUGCUAAUUAGGCGAUCAGCUUUACCAGCCCUGGCAAACAAACAGUGUGGGUCUGGUGCUCUUGGUUGAAUCUUUGUAUGACUACAGGAGAGGAAGUGGACUGUUACCUCAUAUUUGGCACAGGAGCCCACUCUUUUACACCCGGUGGAUGGUUUUACAUCAAACUAAUUGCUUAAUAGCAAAAGGACCAAAUGUUAGAAGAGACAUUUAUGCUGGGCCGGCUGUGCCCCCCUGAGGUGUGCUGGGGUGGGUGGAAGGUGGGGCCUGGGCACUGCAACUGGAUGCCAUCUGGACAAAAUGUCUGAGGAAUUCCGAAGAGCUCCAGCUCAGCUCUGCUCUUCACUAAGGUGGAGCAAACCAACUCAGCAGUGACCCAGCGGGGUGCUUGUGCAGCCUCGCCUUCAUUUGGAAGUGAAACUUGCAAAUGAGGUGGCAAAAUGGCUUCAGAUUGGCCAGCUGGACCCUCUCCUCUGGUGGGAAGCCACAGUGCCUGUCCCCAGGGAUGGCUCAUUGCUGUGGGUGUGGUGGGAGACUGAUACCUUGAAGAUUUGCUUGUUACCCUCCUUCGAGCUCCAGGGAGAAGGCAUCUGUAGUGAGCUGGGCAGGUGUUGCCCCAGCGUUCUCAUACCAGUAUGCUCACUUUUCUUUUUAAACAGGCCAUCAGCUGCUGGAACAUGGUAAGAAAGUAAUACUGUGCUCGUCCCCCAAAUCAGGUCCAGGCCUUGUUAUUUAUCUGUUCACGCUUACAUGUGUGGUAGGUGGCCGUCCAGAUCAUUCCCCUGACCCUUCAUCUGAUAUUUCCAUGGCUGUUUGCAGAGUCAAGAGCCAGACAGCAAUGUCUGGGAUUAUCUUACUUCCUGGUAGAAGUUGACCUUUGAGUCCGUCCUCCACCCUGGGCAUUUUCCCAUCAUAGGUGGUGUGUAAGCUGUUUCCUUCAAACUCCUUAGAGAACACGUUUGGUUUCUUGAAGCUGCUCCCAUAAGACACUGUACAGCAGAACCACUUGAUGGAUAGAGUCAGGUUUUGGAAGCCCUCUCUCCAGUAUUGAAGAACAAGAGCGUUCUUAAAACGGUGUUUUCUGUGCUUGUGGCAUCACAGUGGGAGUCGGGCGAGAUCUUCCUUGCUCAGAAAAGAACUAAAGGGUAACUAGGCGGCUGCAGUUUGUGUGGUGACUAUUGGUGUGUCGGCGAGGCAGCAUCCAGAAUAUGGGCUGAGGUUACUUCUGUGAAGUUGCUUGGCUUGGUUCGAGGCCAGCUCUGGCUUUGACUUUGUUGGUGCUACAUGGUUGCCUACCUGCAGCUGUCCAGCCCAGGGUCAGUGGUGCUUCCUGUUUCUCAGUGGUCACUGGAGUGAUCGCUAUGUGUGAUAUGUGGGACACUCAGGUGUGAGCACAGUCCUCUCUCUGUUCUUUGGAGGUGGUUCACUGGCUUUGGCUUUUUAUGAACGAGGUCUUAACCCUGACACUCCAGCCCAUGGAGUUUGAGUAGGGGGCAAUCAAAAGCCUCUCCAGUGACACUGGGUGGCGGCGACUGAAAGGCUGGGGACAUGGGCUCCUUGUCUAGAGGGAAGCUUUUUUGUACCUCAGCCCCACUCUUACCUACAUUUUGGUGUCAUUGUAGUUUGGUGUCUUGCCUACUGUUCUCAGUGUUGGGACACUUUUUUUCCCCCUUUUUACUUUGAGGAGGGAGGAGUAAGGUGGGGUUAAAACAAGGAUUUUCUGUGUAGCCCUGGCUGUCCUGGAACGCACUCUGUAGACCAGGCUGGCUUCAGAUUCUCAAGAGAUCCACCUGUCUGACUCCCUGGAACGCACUCUAUAGACCAGGCUGGCUUCAGAUUCAAGAGAUCUACCUGUCUGACUCCAGAGUGCUAGGAUUAAAGGUGUGUGUCGCCACUGCCUGGCCCCAAGUUGGGACAUUCUUUAGUGGUGGGACCUUGCAGGAUCAAGGGCUGGAUUACAGUCGUCUUUGCAGUUGAUUACUAUGUGUGAGAGAGGACCUUUCUCAUAAAAAGAUGGAUGUGGGGCUCAGUGUCUUUUUUAAGUGCCUGUAUAAGUAAGUAAGCUGGGCUCUGUGCACAGAAAGCCUCAUGAGAAAGGUGACUUUACACCUCAGAGUCUCAGAGUAUCUUACAAGAUAAAAGAUGAGCGUGACCCUGAGGCGUGACUCUGCAGCAUGCCCUUGCUGCAUCUUGUGGGGUUGACCAGGAGCGCCUGCGUUAAGGAGGUGGUGAACAGGGGCAGACACAGUAUUAGAACGCAACAAAUGGGGUGAUGGCAGAGUCUGAGGAAGAUAGGAGGGACUGGGUACAGCAGCCAAAAUUAUCUUAACCAGCAUCUCAGGAGAUGCUGUGUGAUGUCUGAUGUGUACAGGCCUGAGAGUGCUCUGCAGGAAACCCAGCGAGGGGCGUCUUCUCAGAGGAUGUGUCUUAGGGAAACAAAACUGUUCAGAGCACAGGCUUCAACUCAAGUGGAGAGUUUUAGUGGUGGCCAUCAACAGCUUCUGAGAUAGGUAGGUGCAGGGACUCCGCAGGACUCUGCUGUUUUCCCAGGAGGCAGAGCCACUCUUGUGUCUGAUGGGAUCAUUCUGGAGAAUAAGUUUUCUCCUAAGGGCAAAACGGUGUGGAUUUUGCCUCUUACAUUAUAUUUACUUUUGAAGUUGCACUUGUUCACCUACCAGUGUUUACGGAGUCCUGUGUAUGGGAUGCUUUUUCUAUAAUAAAGUAUUUUUAUUUGUGUC